AUGGGUGCGGUAUGGUCCUACACAGGUCGAUACUCGCUGCUACCCCUUCCCGGUGCAGGCGAUUACGAUACGGCAUGCGCGGACCUAAUGAUCGCUGAUGCCAAGGAUGGAGAUGCGGGUGUAUUCAUGCGUAUCUACUAUCCAACCGAUAAAAAUGUGUCGAUAGCUUCCGAACAUCCGCUGUGGUUGAGUCGACCGGAAUACGUGGAUGGUCUUGCCGCUUAUAUGAAGCAAUCUGCUGGAAAAUUACAGUUCGUCUUUAACUGGAUCAUUGGCGAAACGAGCGACUCCAAUCAGUCCCAGAAUGUAUGUUUCCCUGUCGUCAUAUUUUCCCACGGUCUAUCAGGAUGUCGUCACUUUUAUUCUACUUUUUGUGCCUCGUUAGCUUCGAAUGGUUUCGUUGUCGCAGCCAUCGAACACAGUGAUUAUUCGGCAUGCUGGACAUAUAAGCUUUUUAUUGACUCUACGUCUGGUAGAUUGAAAGAACGUCACUAUCCUAUACGUAUUGUGGAGAAAGAUGAUAGGCGCAUGUUCAAAAUAAGAAACCAGCAGUUGAAUAAACGCGUUUCUGAAUGUGUGAAGGCGUUGCAUGUACUCGAAGAGAUUAAUCUUGGUCAACUACAAGUUGAAAAUAUUGCAGUUGGAAAAGAAUUUGAUUGGUCUAUGUUCAAGAAAAGAAUGGAUCUCACACGAGCUUUCAUAGCUGGUCAUUCGUUUGGAGGUGCAACAUCCAUUGCAGCAACGGCGUUUUCCACGGAUUUUCAGGCGGCUGCUGUGUUGGAUGGUUGGUUGUACCCCUUAGAGCCAGGUCACUACGAAAGAGCAACACAACCAACAUUAUUCUUGAAUGCUGGCAGAUGGCAGUUUAUGGAAAACGUCGAACGAAUGCACAAGCUGCGAAAUAUCACGGAUAUGUCUAUGUACACGUUUAGAGAUGCAGAGCAUCAAACCUUCACUGAUUUUCCAUUCUUGGUCAAUUCAUAUAUAGGGAGGCGGAUGAAACUAUAUGGAGAAACUCCUGUAAGUCCGUUUUUAUGA